UGUCGAUAAAGUAGAAAUCGUUUUUCGCGACUGGGAGCAGAUACAGAAAAAUUAUAGGUUGUGUACUUAGAAAGAUACAAGAGAUAAAUUUUUAAUAUUAGAAGUGUUUUUAGCAUAGUAUACGGAUAAUAUAAUAAAAAAAACUAGUAGUAGUUGAAAAAAUAGAAUUUAUCAAUUGGUAAAAUAAAUAUUUUUGGUUACAACAUAAUUUUGAUACGUGGUGUGGUAAAAAAUUUCGGUUAAUUGUUCACGAAAUGUUAAAAUGAAUCUGUGGUGAUAAUAUUUGUGAUAUAAAAGUGGAAAUGUGUAACUUAGGGACGAGGGGUGAUCUGAAAGUACUUAAUUUCAAAAACGGAUAAAAAUUGGCAGAAACUGGACAAAUUUGUUGGUCGAAACAGGGUUGUAUAAAGCAUUUUGACAGAUUAUUUGCAAAUGAGAGAAGUUGCCGGCGCUCGCAUCGUCGCAAAGUAGAGGGGUAGUCAGCUGGCACGGCCGUCGCGACGUCGUAUCUCUAACAGUCGACGUCAAGUCGUAUAAGCGUCGUUUUGAUUUCGAACGCGUAAUCACGUGAUAUACAUAUAUUUUUUAAAUAACUAAAAGUAAUCGCAUUUUUUUUUAUGUAUGUGAUCUGUGACUGUGUUUUUUAAUAGUGUUUUAUAGUGAUGCAAACUACUUAGUUAUUUGUAUAAAGUGAUUUAUGACAUGUUAUACCGAUCUCGACAAUUUCCAUUAUCGCGAAAAGGUCGGAAAACGAUGGGCCCUUUGUUUAUUUUCGUCACAUUCGGUUUAAACGUUUGUAUGGCGGCUUGGCAGGAAAAUGUAAGACCCAAGAUGUAUGUGCAAUUAGGGGCCGAGGAUGACGUGCAUCGUUUCAGAGGCAACGAUACCCACACCGAUUACUUCCGGUUAAUUAUGAGAGACGGCGAUUCGUUGUUGGUUGGCGGAAGAAACGUCGUCUAUAAUUUAACUUUGGCGGAACUUACCGAACAACAAAGGCUACUUUGGUUUUCCAACGAACACGAUGCCAAAAUGUGUGUAGUUAAGGGCAAAGACGAGGAAAACUGUCAAAAUUAUAUCAGGAUUAUGGCCAAAACCGACACGGGGAAACUUUUACUUUGCGGCACCAACGCUUUCAAACCGAUCUGCAGGGAAUACAAUAUUUUAACGAAAAAUUACACCGUCUCCAAAGAGAAACCAGGCCAAGCCGUGUGCCCUUACGACCCCCAUCAUAAUUCCACGGCUAUCUACGUCGAUAGAGACCUGUAUACGGGAACCGUGGCCGAUUUCAGCGGCAUGGACCCCAUCAUCUACAGGGAGCCAUUGCAAACCGAACAAUACGAUUCGAUGAGUCUCAACGCUCCCGAUUUUGUUGGAUCCAUGACUCAAGGAGACUUCGUUUACUUCUUUUUCAGAGAAACUGCAGUUGAAUACAUCAAUUGCGGAAAGACCGUCUAUUCACGUGUGGCGAGAGUGUGCAAGAAUGACCGAGGAGGGCCUCAUCGUUUUCGUAAUCGUUGGACUUCUUUUUUAAAAUCACGCUUGAAUUGUUCAGUAACGGGGGAAUUUCCAUUCAGCUUCAACGAAAUACAAUCAACAACGGAUCUAAUAGACGGUAAAUAUGGAGAUAUACAAGCCCAACUCGUAUAUGGUACUUUCACGACUCCUCCUAAUAGUAUAUCCGGUAGCGCCGUUUGCGCUUUCAGCCUCCAAGAUAUUACAGAUACUUUCGAAGGUAACUUCAAAGAACAAGCCGCCAUCAACUCCAAUUGGUUACCUGUAUUAAGUAAUAAAGUACCGGAUCCUCGACCUGGACAAUGCCACAACGAUAGUAGGACUCUACCAGAUCUGACACUCAAUUUUAUCAAAACGCAUUCGUUGAUGGACGAAAGUGUACCUAGUUUCUUCGGACAACCGAUUCUGAUUAGAACAAGCUUCCAUUACAGAUUCACGCAAAUAGCAGUAGAUCCACAAGUCAAAGUCCCAGGGGGUAAAACUUACGAUGUACUUUUCAUCGGAACAGAUAACGGAAAAGUUAUAAAAUCGAUAAACGGUUUAUCCGCCGAUUCGAGACACGGCGUUCGAACAGUGGUUAUAGAAGAAAUUCAAGUUUUUCCAAUCCACGCACCGGUACGAAGUAUAAAAAUAAUGAAAAACGUUAAAAAUGGUAAAGAAGAAACACGACUGGUGGUCGUGUCUGAUACGGAAGUUCAAUCUUUGAGGGUACACCGAUGCGACAGCUCUAAAAUCUCCAGUUGUAGUGAAUGUGUGGCUCUGCAAGAUCCUUAUUGCGCUUGGGACAAAGUACAAGGAAAAUGCCGAUCCAAAGGUUCCGGUAGAUGGGGAGAAGAAAGUUAUUUUUUCCAAAGCGUUAGUACAGGAGAACACGCCGCUUGUCCCCCUUUAAAACUGGGAAAAGACGCGGGAUCGGUGGGGGGAUUGAGCUCGUCCCAACCCAAAUACAAUUCCGAUCACCAACCGAGUAACGAUAAACCCGAUGGACAAGUCAUUAACAUUAUUCAAGAUAAACCUUUCGAAAGUAGCGGUCCGGCAGUAACCGCUACUGACGCUCAUCCGAAUCAGUACCCCGUAGAAACGCUCAUAAUGGCCGUUGUGGCAGGUUCCGUAUCCGCUCUUGUCGUCGGAUUCUUCGCGGGUUAUUUAUGCGGUCGUAAAUGCCACAAGGACGAAGACGACAACCUCCCCUACCCCGAUACCGAAUACGAAUACUUCGAACAAAGACAAAAUAUGAACAGUAGAAUCGCAGCCGAGCCGAAAUUACUUCCGCAAGAAGAAGUGACGUACGCGGAGCCGGUGUUGGUUCCGCAGCCGCCUCCGAAGCUUCAUUCGCCUAAAAAUACGCUGCGUAAAGGGCCGCAUCAAAAUAACGCAGAGACGCUCUUCCAAUUCCAAACUGACGGCGGCUACAAUGGUCGGGAUAAUUAUAGAGGUCGUGAUAACUUCGGGACGUUAAGGUCCCAUCAGUUGUUACAGGGUGAUAAUUAUCGGCGAGGCGACGGCUUCGGAACAACGCGAAGCGUCAAGAAAGUAUACCUCUGAGAAAACAGCGAGGAGGGGCGAAGCUUGGGUCGCGUUCCCCGACCCUCCCAACAGCAGAGAUCCGGUCACAGCGCCCUGCCGACCAGCAGCGGAUCCUCUAGCUCUCCCUCGCCGCCCUCCUCGUCACCGUCGCCGACGCCACCCAAUACUGCCUCCUACAUCUACAGGGCGUAGCUGUUCUCCUAAAAGGCGCGAUCUAUCGAUGGAACCUAACUUCUGAGAUAUAGAGAGAAGGCGUUGCCGCAGUACUCGCUUAACUUGGUCCGAAAAUCGCUGCUCUGUUUGUAUAACGGUAGAAUUUCGCGUAUAAUGACGAUUUUGAAUGAUGAUGUUUGACUGGCCUUCUUUAAAGUCAUAGGUUCGUAGGGAAAUUAUUUUAAUAAAUAUCGGAAUGAGAGUUUUACGAAUAAAAAUGCAAAUCAUCGAGUAAAAUUUUUUUAAAAAUUAAUGAAACACCCUAUAUAUUAUAUUAUUUUUCAUAAUUUUUAUAAAUUUUUCCAAUAUAUAGCUUUGCUACGUUAUAUAAAGUCUAGUACAAGCUAUUGCAAAUUUAAUUAUAAAACAGUACCAUAUUUGUUACCCUGUAUAUAUAAAUAUUUCAAAUAUUAACAUUUUUUUUAGUAUUAUAUUUUUCGAAAAAAUUGAAUCGUCCUGUAUGAUAUGAAGUUAUUGAGAAAAAAAUUCGAAUGUCUAUAUCGCCCCUGUAUAUGGGAAAUUAAGUUUUUAUAACAAAAAAAAGUAAUUAUUUGAUUUUAAGUUGGCGAUCCUGUAUAUUUCUGAAUGGUCAGAUCACACAGCACAAUUUUUGACAUUUAAUGAACCGUUACGUCAAUUAUAAAUAAAAAAAAUCCCAAUUAUUGUUUGAAUAAAAUAUAAAAAGAGUUUUUGUUAGAAUUAACCAAAAAAAACUUAAUUAUUAUUAAUUCUCUAUACACAAUUAGUUUGUUUAACACUACAAUAUGGCAUACGUCUCAAAUCACGUUACUCGGAAUCAAGGACUCUUCCAUAAGGACAGUCUACUUCCAUUAAUCUCACAUAAUAUUGUGAAGUCACUAAUUACAUCAAGCAUGUAACCAUCAUAUGACAGUUUUGAAUGAUGGUCAUAUUAAGUCGAAUUAACAUUUCUUCAAUCUGCUUUAAUUUUAAUAGUCCGUUUCUGAAAUUGUGUUUAUAAUUCAUUUCAAACUUAAGAACUCACAAUUUAUUCACCUAUGUAAUUUGUGACGUAAUCGACCAUCGUAUGCUUUGUGGUAGAAUCCUCGACUCGAAAUGACCUUGUAUAUUAUAUCGAUCGAUCAUCGAUCUCAAUCUAGUAAAAUUUUUAGUGGUGUGAACUUCUGUAGUAUAGUGUGCCGUGGCAUUUUUGACACUAUUGACAGUUUCUUCUCGGAAAUAUUCCGUUAGGUUAACAUUUUUCUAAUUGUGUGAAGAUAUAUAAUUAAAAAAUAAUAGUUUGAAUAUAUCGAUAAAGAUUUUAUAACGUUAAUCUAUUGAAUUAAAACGACGGGCUACAAGAGAUCGAUCAGGUAAAGUUUUUUUGAUAACUUGAUAUUCGUAAUAAUAUAUAGGGUGUAUAAAGAAAAGAAACGGGUUUUUUUGUUAGUAAUUAUAUUUAUUUUAUAUUAAAUCAAAUGAGAUUUCCGUAUGAAUCAAUAACGGGAAGGGAAAAUUUUAGUAUUGCGCCAUAGUAAAAAAAUAUAUAUUAUAUAGGAUGUAGUAGAGGGCAGUGUGCAUUUUUUAGAUACGACUUGAUAGACUUGUUUAUUAUAAAUAUAUAUAUACAUAUUCUGAUGAUUAAUAAAGUGCUUCUUAUGAAUGUGUUUAGGUAAGAAUGUGGGUAUAAAUAGAAUUGUUAUAAUUUAGCAAAAGAUAAUAACAUUGUGAUUAGAUUUAUGAUAUUCUUUAGCUAUAUAACGUUGUUCCAUCUUAUAAAUAGUCUAGUGAAUAUUAAGAUAGAUUCAUAUAUAUAUAAAUAUAUUCCAAUUUUUGUUUAGUCACGUGAUUGAUGAUUUUCUAAUUAGAUAUUUACAAUUAGGUGUUGCUACAUUUCGUGAUUACGAAGAUAUAAUUUUAAUGAAAAUGUUUCAAUUUUUAUUAAAAUGUGAUAAAUUCAUGUUUUUUUUAUGAAAAAAAAAAUUAAGGGAAAACAAGAAAUUAAGGAGAUUAAACAUAUUUAAUUAAAUAAAUGGUUGUAGAUAGAAUCGAACGCACAAUAUUAAAGGAUAUUUGUUUUAUGUAGCAAUAAUUAAUUGUUUAUGUUUAUUUUGUAUGAUAUAUUAGAAAAUCGAAAAUAUAUUUUUGCAGCGACUGCAUUAAUCGCCGAUUUCAUCUCUGUGUGGAAAUAUUAGAUUUGCUAGACUAUAUACACCAUCUUGUUAUAUGAAAAAUGUAUAUUCUCUCAUCAAAUCGUAUUCGUUCGCUUUGUAAUGACUGUUAACAAUAUUUUUUUAUCUUCGUAAACAGAAAACAAACAAAAUGUAGUUGUUACAAAGUGAGCGCUCCUAUUUUUUCAUUUCCGUUCGCUUUUCGGUAUUUGUUUAGUGCAACUAGUAAUGUACAUAAGACUGAAAAACUGUAAUAACCAGUUUUGAUUUCAUAAAAAAAAAUAAAUGCUGAUUCCGCGUUUACUUAUAUUGCUUUUAGUAAAUACGUUUCGACGGGUGACGGUUCGCCUCUUUAGAGCCUAUAUAUUGUUUAUAAUUAUUUUCUAUAUAAUUUUUUAAUAAGUCGCCUUCGCUUCCUAGUAAUCAUCGCGUCUUAGGCGCUUUUUUUUAAAUUACGGCUUUGUACAUACUUUUUUCAAAUAUUCAUCGCUUUCUAGAUACUUUCUUUCAAUAUUUUUGUUAUUCCUAGGCGUUUUUUCUAAUAUCUAUCCAUUCCCAGAUAAUGCUUUCAACUAUUCAUGGCUUUCUAGGCAAUUUUUCACUAUUCGACACUUCUUAGACAAUUUUUUAGAAUGUUGUGUCAUUUCUUGAUACAUUUUUGCUUUCUAUACAUUUUUUUAAUAUUCAUUACUUCCUAGUGGAAGUUUUCUGAAGUGGUUAGCCAUUCCUAGAUACUUUUCUGAAAUGGUUAGUCACUUUUUCCAAUAUUUAUUGAUUUCCAGAGAAAGUUUUAACGAUUCAUUGUUUUCUAGAUACGUUUUUAGUAUUCACCACUUCCUAGACACUUUUCUGAAAGUUUAGCCACUCCUAGACACUUAUUCCAAUAUGUACCACUUUCCAUAGAAAGUUUUUAACAAUUCAUUACAUUCUAGGCUUUUUUCACCAAUUAAUGAAUACUUUUCUGAAGUGUUUAGCCAUUCCUGGAUACUUUUUGAAAAUUUUUAGCCAUUUCUAGACCCUUUUUCCAAUAUAUAUUGCUUUCCGGACAAUGCUUUGACAGUUCCUACUCACUUUUUUAUCAUAUUUGAGAGUUAUUAGCCACUUUUCCCCAUAUUUGACAGUUCUUAAUCAUUUUUUUGUCAUUGUUGACAGAUCGUAGUCACUUUUUUCAUAUUUGACAGUUCUUAGUUAGUUUUUUCUCAUAUUUGAUUGUUCUUAGACACUUUUCUCCCAUAUUUGACAGUUAUUAGCCACUUUUUUCUGCAUUUAGACAGUUAUUAGUUAAUUUUCUUAUAUUUGACAGUUUGAAGAAGAUCAAUACAACAUGAGAAGUUUCAGCUACAUAAAUAAUUUAUCUAGCGAUUAGACUUAGUAGGUAGACGGUGGAAAAUGGUCAAUAAUUGCAAUAAAAUUAUAAUUUAAAAAAAUUCUAUGUUUUUUGUUGUAGUAAAUAUAUCUGUCGCCUGUCAUAACGUAUUAUAGGCUUAUUAUGAUUUGUUAAACAUUAUUUUUGUUUUUUAAUUUAACGAGUGUAUAACAAAUCAGCAAUAUGUCAAUUAUUUGGUGCUCCGCACCUGACAAAUACUAUACUCACUUUAAUGUAAUUAAGUUUGUAAAAAUAACAAUCAGUCGAGAUUUUAGCUGAUGAUUGUUAACAUUUUUUAUUGUUGCUCAAAUGUUUAUUUAAUUUAUGUAUCACAACUCGUUUUUUUUUUGUAUUAAGAAUAUAAUGGAAACUGACAUACACUGAGAGAACUUCUUUUAAAUUUUCCGCGAAUUAUUUUGUGAAGUUUUACAAAACGUUUUUUAGCGGAUUACUUGAAAAAAGUUCCCUGGAAUCUAUUUCGUUUUAGUCUCUAAAAGAAAAACGAAAUUAUUUCUAACCGAUAUUAGUGUUUCCUUUUUUUCAUAAGUUUUGUAUAAAAAUGUAGAUAGAUUUUUAAUGAUAUUAUACCUAGUCGUGUUAUGAUAACUUUUUGAAUUUGGCACUCGAAAAUUUUUAUAGAUCUAGCAGUAGGAAAAGCUCUUUUUACAUUUUUAAUAUAAUACAAUGCUUAAGUAUAUUCUAACUGUUUCAUAUCGCCCUAAAUACUAAAUAUUCUAUCAAUAAUAACAUUCGAUAAAAGCUAAUAGAAAUUACGUAUUUAUUUGAUGAAAUUGGACACUUAAAAUACAAACAAAUCUUAGUUUUUAUUCAAAAUUCAGUUCUUUUCAUACCAAAUAUUCAAAAUUAAGUAAAUUCAGAGAUUUACAAUGGUAUUUUUGAUAAAAUUAAUCGUUGAUGCAAAGUGAAACUUAACCUCAAAAACUAUUUAAUUCAAGCUUCAUUCUAUAUAAUUAUUCAUUUAUUAAUCUAUUAAAUAAACUGAGUACUUACAUGAAAUAAUCUACACUAAAGAAAAAACGUUGUUUGAACUCUCAUUUCGUUAAUUUAAACCUCAUAUAAAAAUUUUAUUUACGUGUAGAGACUAACAACGCCAUGACACUCACAAACUUUUGGUACGAAUUUCAAAUCUAAUUAUUUUUCUCACUAAAUCUUUAUGUAGGAUUAAUUAUUGUAUCACUAAUUCGACGUUAUGAUUUAUAUAAUUUUUUUCUAUACAACUGUUUAUUAAAAAUAUUACGAAAAUCUAUUUUCUAAUAGCAUUUAUGUUGAUGUUUAUAUCGUUCCCGCUACCACUCCCACCUCGCGGAUGUUUCUUGAAGUUGAAUAAAAAUCACGAAUACAAUAUUACGAGGGGAUGUCAAUAAGUACGCACAUUUCGUUAGCAACAAGUUUGUUGAAUAUUGAAAACUUGGGGUAGUUUUGUUAAUUUAUACUUGAGCACGUUAAAAAAUACAAGGAAUUCGAAUUACAAUUUCAGACAGUUUGUAAUUGUACAUUCUUGAAAUGAAAAUACCAACACAGAAUAUUUAAAUUUGACUUUGUAUUAGAAAUUUUUUGAGUCGAUAUAUGAAAAUAAUCGUCAAGUAAAUUUUAUUAAUGGCGAUUUUGGUUGAUUUUAAUGAUCUUGACGUAAUAUUCGUUUUCUAUAAGGGAUCUUCAUAAAGUUGAAAAAAGACGAAAGUAGAAUUACGAGGGGUUGUCAGAAUGUAGGAAAUAUUGUGAAAAAAUCGAAUUUCCUUUUUUCGAACAAUAAUUAUUUGUUAAUAAUAAAGUGCCAAACUAAAAAAGAAUAUUACGAAUUGUCGAUAAUUGUUUAUAACAAUUCCUUGUAUUAUAAUUAUAUAUAUAUUUAAAAAUAAUAUUUUAUAUGAUAUGAAGUAGAGAAAAAAAUUUUUAAUAAACUCUAGUGAUUUGUAAAAAAAAAUGCGAUUAAUUAUUAAAAAAAAAAAAAAACUUGCUUCUUCCUAAAUUGGGUAACCGAAACGCCCAAAACAAAAAUUUAUUAAUAAGCAGUGAUAAUCUGCGUUCGUAGCAUUUAAGGCAGCCAGCCAUUUUUUUAAAAUAUAUUUCAUCCUAAUUAUAUAAUAAAAAAUUUAAAAAAAAAACAUAGAUUAAUAAAUUUAGCUUGUAGUUAUAGUUUGUAAGUAUUUAAAACAAAAUACUUAUAAAAAAAAGCAGAUCGUACUGAUUCCAGUGAUAUUGAUCUGGAUUUUUGCCUAAGAAGCCUUUAGAUUUUAAAAUAUAAAAAAAUAUAUAUUAUAAUAUUUAUUAGGAGGGGCGAAAACGGUGCUUAAUCCCUACAAACAUCAAUAUUACUUUGAGAUCUCCCCUGGGCUCACGUUAAGUACAAAAAAACAGAGAGAAGGUUUCAGGUUUUUCCCUAAGUCAGGUAUAUCGUGGAGGAUUCAUUUAAUUUGGAAAUUAAGAUAGUCCCGGACGGAAAUCUGAUAUAGUUGAGCAUUAAUAAGAGAAUUUUUCGUUUCGGAGGGGUUGUACGGGGGAUUUAUCGAAAUAUCUUCGAAAACUAAGCAGUAAUCACUCGUCGUGACUGUAUUCCAUCGGUCUAUAUAUCGAAUUUCCAUUGGUACGGAUCGUGGUGGUAGUUUUCACUCCGCUAAUCACUGAUACCUUUCGGAAAAACCUUGACGCUCGUGGAAAUUGAUCUUGAACUGCUGCAGGUCGUAGUACUAGGAAAACACGUCUAAUUGAGUCGAAUCUGCAUUCGUGGGAAUCACCAGCGUUGAUAUCCAACCUUUUUUGAGGUGUUUCCAUCGAUUUUUUGAUUUUCCAAGUUUCGUAUCGGAUCCGUAUUGCGCUGAAGCGAACCAUCGACGGUUUAACGUAGUUUAAGAUACCGAAUUCGUUGUUAAAUCGUAUAUUUUGUAUAAAUAAUUUAUACCAAAGAAAUAUCUUCCAGUUAGCACCGUUUUUCGUUCACCCCGUACGUAUAAAUCGUUGCAUCAUCAUGUAUAACAUUCCAUAUUUAAAAAUGAAAAGAAAAAAACGUGAGAUGACAUGGUCCGAUCGUCAAUAUAUCAUUAAAAUGAACCCAUCGAUGAUUCUAAAAAAAGAAACCUUAGAAAUAAAACAAAAGCUGCGAUUGUUAGUUGUAAUUAUAAAAUAAGCCUCUCGCAGAAUGUAUUAUAUAUUAUUACCACUAUAUUAUUAUGCCCACUUGGUCCAGAUAAGAUUUUUUACUACCGUUUGUAUAGAAUUUACCUCGUUUAAUGAAAGAAAAUAAAUUUUUCGUGUGUACAACUUGUAUAAACGUCUAUCUGGAUCGAGUGCUUUUCAAAAAUAUUUAAUAAUAUUGACUCUAGAUGACACAAUGUAUUCUUUAAAUAGAAAUAAAAAUAUAAUUCGAAAACAA